GCUGAUGUGAUUCUCUUUUAGACUUUUGCUUUCUUCCCACUAUGAAAGAACCCUGGUCCUUUAAGAACAUAUUAUAAGGUCCUAUUACUAUUAUUGUUAUCACAACAAAGAAACUUAAAAUCCAAGAUAAGCUGCCUCUGUUUUUUGGAGGCUGUCACAACUCACAAUUCACAACUCACAACUCACAACAACUGCUACAGUUGACUUCCAUCACCCGAGAAUCUGAAAGAGGUGUGAGUACAGAGAGAUACACAGAUGAUCAAAGAUCCCAAAAGGAUUGUGGGGUCCUGUAUUGGGGGAGAUUCUUCUCACAAUAGCCUGAUGAAAAACAAAAAAAAAUUCUUGUGGAAAGGAUUUUAUCAUUUAUGAUGGGCAAACUGGCAGAGCCUACUAGAAGUCUAGUAGUAACAUAGAAAUCUUUGUUGCUGGUGUUCCUGCUGCAUCUGAGGCAGAUUUUUGGUUUUUAAGGAAAAACCCAGUUGAUAGUCUUAAAGAUUUUUAAUAAAUUGCUAAAGAUUUUGUUUGACGAUGUUUCUGCAACUCGGACAGAUUGGAAUUUUGGAGACGGGAGAGACGAACCCUCUGUGGAAGUUCCUCUUCUUGUUUUUUAUCUUUUGCGUUCUUCUCUAUUUUGGAUCCUGAAUUUAUGCAAAUUGGGAUGCAGUAGGGUCUUUUUGUGUGAUGGGGUUUUGAAGAUUAAACUUAUAUCAUGGAGGAUGGUGCUGCUUUUCGAUCUGAUUCUAUGUUGGAGAAUUUUCCGGGCACUGUACCGGAUUUUGAUCUCAUGGAUGAACUCUUGUUAGGAGGAGGUUGUUGGUUGGAGACAUCUGAUGGAUCCAAUUUCCUGCAACAACCAGGCCCAUCUACUUCUACUGCUCUCUUUGACUCUUCAUAUUUUUUGCGUGCUUCGGAGUAUAACCAUGGCUGCUUGAAUCCAGUUUCGUCUGAAAAAGAUGAAGAAGAGACCAAAGCUUCCACUUUCCCUGAAAAUCUAUCCCAAGCUGGACCUCCAACUGAAAGCCCUCUAGGAACUCGAUCUCUAAAUCAGAGUAUGGUUGAAAUUACUGAAGGCUCUGGCCAAUUGCUACGUUUUCCAGCUGAAGGAAGCUCUGAAGUAGUUAGAAAGUGGUGGAUAGGGCCAAGGGAAAAUCUGGGUCCUCCUUCUGUGAGAGAGAGAUUAAUUCAAGCUCUUGGAUAUAUAAGAGAGUUCACAAAAGAUAGAGAUAUUCUUAUUCAAGUAUGGGUUCCUACCAGGAGAGGAGAAAGAAAUGUGCUAAGAACUGAUGAACAGCCCUUCUCCCUCCAGUCUAAUUGUUCGAGGCUUGCAUAUUACAGAAAUGCCUCCACGAACUUCCAAUUCUCAACUGAAGAGGAUUCGGAUGUGAUGAUCGGUCUGCCCAGCAGGGUUUUCUUGGGUAAAGUUCCAGAGUGGACGCCUGAUGUUCGAUUCUUUGACAGCGAUGAGUACCCACGACUUAAUCAUGCCCACAAGUAUGAUGUGCGGGGGACCUUUGGCCUUCCUGUUUUUGAACGAAGUAAUCGGACUUGCUUGGGUGUUGUUGAGGUUGUGAUGACAACGCAAAAGAUCCAUUAUCGCUCUGAGCUUGAAAGUGUCCGCAAAGCUCUUGAGGCUGUUGAUCUUAGGAGUUCUGAAGUUCCAAGUUAUUCCCAUGAACAGGCACAUAACAAAUCCUACGAAGCCGUAUUACCUGAGAUUCGAGAGGUCCUAAGAACUGUUUGUGAGACACAUAAAUUGCCCUUGGCUCAGACUUGGGUGCCAUGCAGCCAACAAGGCAAAGGAGGUUGCCGACACUCUGAUGAGAACUUUGCUGUUUGUGUUUCCACUGAGGAUUCAGCUUGCUAUGUGGCUGAUCAAAGUUUUUGGGAUUUUCAUGAGGCAUGCUCUGAGCAUCAUCUGUUUAAAGGUCAAGGUGUAGCAGGGAAAGCAUUCACGACAAACCAACCAUGCUUCUCAAAUGAUAUAACUACUACUUUCACUAAGGCAGAAUACCCUCUCUUACAUUAUGCGAGGAUGUUUCAACUACGGGCUGCUGUUGCAAUCCGCCUGCGCAGUAUCUACACUGGAACUACUGAUUAUGUUUUGGAGUUCUUCUUACCUGUGGUUUGCCAAGACCCGGAAGAACAAAAACUGAUGCUUAAUUCCUUGUCCAUGGUAAUACAAAGGGUCUGCUGGAGCUUACGAGUUCUCACCGAUAAGGAGCUUCAACAAGAAACUGUUCAUCUUGGUGAAGUGGGUUCUUCAAAGGGGAAACCUGAUACAGAAUUGCCAAAGUUGGGCUUUAGCAUUAUAGGGUCUCCACAUGAAGAACCAUCCUGGAUUUCACAUUUCGUGGAGGCCCAACAGAAGGUUAAAACUGUUCCAUUGGAGUUUCAGAAAGAAAAUCCAACGGAAGAAUUCAAGCUCACAUCUCAUUGGGAUAACCCUAGCUUGGCAUUGCAGAAAGGGAAAACGCUGCCUAGGCAGGAUCAUCUGGAUUCUGGAUCCAAAGGUGGUGCUGAGUGUGCUGGAGAUUCUUCUUUUCUGCAAGGUAACAUCUCAGGCACAGGAAAAACAGGGGAAAAGAGACGGACCAAGGCUGAGAAGACAAUCAGCUUGCAAGUUCUUCGUCAAUACUUUGCAGGGAGCCUAAAGGAUGCUGCCAAGAGUAUUGGUGUGUGCCCCACUACUCUGAAAAGGAUAUGCAGGCAACAUGGGAUCACCCGGUGGCCGUCUCGGAAGAUCAAGAAGGUGGGACACUCUUUGAGAAAACUUCAGGUUGUCAUUGACUCGGUCCAGGGUGCUGAAGGUGCUUAUGAAAUUGGUUCCUUCUAUGCAAACUUCCCAGAUUUGACCUCUCCAAAUUUAACUGGAACCAGCCCAUUUCCCACACUACAGACAAUUGAUAAUCCAAAACCAAUACACACGCAAUCCGGGAGUUUAGUCGGCCCUCAACCUGCUAUGUCAAUAUCUCCUUCCUCUUCAUGCAGUCGGACAUCCAGCUCAAACCUUUGUUGUUCCAACCAUGGGACACCAAACCAGCCUCAGCCUGCCCAUCUUACUGGCAGUGAAGAGGCUUCAGUGGCCGAAAACUCUGGUGUAUUAAACAGUGGACGUGGUGAUGCUGAGUUACAUGUGCAGAGCCAAGAACCAAGGAUUCAAACAAGAUCAGAGAGUGAAAAAUCCCUUGGUGAGCAUCCUAAUCUUGAGAGUUUAGCCCCCAUGAGGAAAUAUGGUAGCCAUGUAUCACGAGAUGAAAAUGCUUUUAGAGUGAAAGUCAUUUAUGGGGAAGAGAAAAUCCGGUUCAGCAUGCAAUCCAAUUGGCGCUUCCAUGAUCUACAACAACAGAUUGCGAGGCGGCUUAACAUAGAUGAUAUGAACAGAAUUGAUCUCAAGUACUUGGAUGAUGACUCAGAAUGGGUCCUGUUAACAUGUGAUGCUGACCUGGAGGAGUGUGUACACAUAUACAAAUCUUUUCAGACCCGCACGAUCAAACUCUCUGUCUAUCAAAGUUAUCAGAAUUUCGGAACUUCACUGGGUAGUAGUGGCUCAUGACUGUUAAAUAAACCACCCCUACCCUCUAGACGUUUUUCAGAGGUUAUAGUGAUUGAUUUGGAAAAAGAACGACAAAGAAAAUGAAUUAUUUUUCCCAGAAUUUAAAUGGAUUGUCAAAAAACUACAUUGCUACAAAACUAAAUUUUAGAUAUGGGAUGGGUUCAAGUGAAGCUUAAUGUAUGACUCUUGAAACCAUCCUCUUGUGUUGAGGUUUUGAAGGUCGGAUAUGGUACUGUAUAAGGCAUGACCCGAGAUGCAACAGCACUAGAUACAAGAAAAUUUGGUGGGAGGAUGUGCUAUAAGCUGUUCUUGCAGGCGCAACAUGCAUUGAAUUUGAAUCUGAUUACAUAGAUGCAAUGCUUGCAGAAGAGUCUAAAGAGGAAUCUCUUGAGUUUGAUAGGAGUUUGCUGCAGGAGGAUGGAUUAACCCCCACCCCACCACACCCCCCCCCCCCCCCCGCCAAAAAAAAAAAAAAAAAAAAAAAACCAGCAUGAACUCAUGGAACCAAAUAAGCAAAUAACUAGGUGUCACAAUUCUUGUCAUAAGAUGGAUGAUCAGAGUGAUUGAUGUUGUACAAACACCUUAAUCAGAUAUCUUUUAGUUGGACAGUUUUGAGAGAAAGAUUGGCUACCUGCAUCCAAAUCUUUUGGCUACUAGAUCUGUCAAUAGGUUUAUUGUGAAUUAAUAAUCAAGCCUUGAGAUGCUAUUGUAAGUUUGAUUGUAACCCACCUUAAUGUAUUGAAGGUGACUUCAAUAUGUUUUUAAAGUAUACAUGUCAGUCUUUUUCAGGAA